AUGAUGCGACGCUUCUCGAAAACCCUCAACAAGGUGCUAUUAGCGUAUGCGGAUAUGGUGCAAAAGGAUUUCUCGCAAUUCACGCAAAACGAGAAGUUGGCCUGCAUUUUGAUGAACAACGUGCAACAGCUUAGGGUUCAACUCGAGAAAAUCUAUGAAAACAUGGGCGGGAAUGAGCUCGACUCGGAGGCCAGCCAGGUGCUAACAAACUUGCAAAAGAAGCUGAACACCGUAUUGGACAAGCUGAGUCGACAGUUCGCUGUCUCACUUGAGCGCGGAAUUGAGGAGCAGAUGAACGAGUUGAGCACUCGUUUAUCCAAAGUCAAAGGCCCACAACAGCAGAAAACCCAAGUGCAACAGGAAGUGGACAUGGUUUUGGAACCAUUGAUGGAUAUGAUGGAAGGCUCUUUACAAAGAUAUGCUCAGGGUUGCGAGAAGACUGUGCUCAAAUAUUUGCUAAAGGAACUCUGGCGAAUGACCAUCCAAGGAAUGGAGCGAAUCGUCGUUUUGCCUCCAUUGGCUGACAAAGCUGCGAUCCUUCGCCAAUUGCCAAACGCAAAAAUCGGCGGCGCGAUGAAGUUAGCGUCAAAUUUGAAAGAUAUGAAGAACAUGAAUUCAGUGAAAGAGAUGAUGGACUUGGCGAGAGACUCGGAGCGAGCGUUGAGCCCGAAACAGUGCACUGUGUUGGACGCGGCUUUGGAUAUGAUAAAGGAAUCUUUUCACGCUGGUGGGAUGGGCUUGAAGAAAUCGUUCUUCGAGAAAAGUCCAGAGUUGCAAUCGCUGAAAUAUGCGCUCUCGUUGUACACACAGACGACGGAACAACUCAUCAAAACUUUCAUCCGAUCACAGACGAAUCAAGAUCAACCCUCCCAAGAGCAACCGGUCGGCGAGAUCUCGGUGACUGUCGAUCUCUUCAGUCAUCCAGCAACUGGAGAACAAAAGCUCACGAUAAAGAUCUAUGCCGCGAACGAUCUCCGCUGGCAGACCACCUCCGUCUUCAAGCCGUUUGUUGAAGUGCAUUUGGUUGGACCCCAUUUGGCCGACAAGAAGCGUCGUGUGGCCACGAAAUCCCGACAGGGUGAAUGGGCACCCAAAUUCAACGAGACUUUCCAUUUAUUCUUGGGCAACGAGGGUGAGCCGGAGCACUACGAGUUGAUGUUCCAAGUGAAAGACUACUGUUUGAUGCGAGAGGAUCGAAUUGUUGGUGUGGGAGUGCUGCAGUUGGCGCAAGUCGUCGAAGCUGGUGGAUCGCUCAAUCAAUGGGUUCAAUUGGGAACUCGACUGCACAUUGAUGAGACUGGAUUGAUUCUGUUGAGGAUUUUGAGUCAACGCCAGAAUGAUGAGAUGGCCAAAGAGUUCGUGAAGUUGAAAUCGGAGUGUCGCUACGAGACCGAAGGCACGCUACAAGCUUCGGUCAGCUCACACAAGCUCACA